AUGGCCGCGAAGCUCUCUCUCUCCUCCGUCUUAGUCGUUUUCUCUCUCUUCUUCUGUUUCUAUCCGUCGUCAUCUUCGUCGGAUGGCUUGGACUCGUACAUCGUUCAUCUGCAGGGAUCUCACAAGCCUUCUCUCUUCUCCUCCCACAGCCAUUGGCACAACUCUCUCCUCCGCUCUCUCCCAUCCUCACCCCAACCGGCGACUCUCCUCUACUCCUACUCACGCGCCGCUCACGGCUUCUCCGCUCGUCUUUCACCUUCCCAGACCUCCGCUCUUCGCCGUCACCCCUCCGUCAUCUCCGUCAUACCGGAUCAGGCGCGUGAGAUCCACACCACUCACACCCCUGCCUUCCUCGGCUUCUCCGAUAACUCCGGCCUCUGGAGCAACUCCAAUUACGGCGAAGACGUGAUCGUCGGCGUUCUGGACACCGGAAUCUGGCCGGAGCAUCCGAGUUUCUCCGAUUCAGGUCUCGAUCCGGUCCCUUCUACAUGGAAAGGCGCGUGCGAGAUAGGGCCUGAUUUUCCCGCGUCUUCUUGCAACCGUAAGCUCAUCGGAGCUCGAGCGUUCCACAAGGGACAUCUCACGCAUCAUCCGCACGCAGAGGAGGAAUCGAGAUCCCCGCGCGAUACAGCGGGUCACGGGACGCACACCGCAUCAACCGCGGCGGGAUCGGUUGUGGUCAACGCGAGUCUGUACCAGUACGCGCGGGGCGUGGCGCGUGGGAUGGCGUCGAAAGCUAGAAUCGCCGCUUACAAAAUCUGUUGGACUGGUGGUUGUUACGAUUCAGAUAUCCUCGCGGCGAUGGAUCAGGCCGUUGCGGAUGGUGUCCACGUCAUCUCUCUUUCCGUUGGCGCCAACGGUUUCGCGCCAGAGUAUCACAAAGACUCCAUCGCGAUCGGAGCGUUCGGAGCGAUGCGGCACGGUAUCGUCGUCUCAUGCUCCGCCGGAAACUCAGGUCCCGGACCUCAGACCGCCACCAACAUCGCUCCCUGGAUCCUAACCGUCGGCGCAUCGACGGUGGACAGAGAGUUCACCGCGAACGCGAUCACCGGAGAUGGGAGAGUCUUCACGGGAACGUCGCUCUACGCCGGCGAACCUCUCCCCGACUCUCAGAUCCCUCUGGUGUACUCCGGCGACUGCGGAAGCAGAUUGUGCUUCCUCGGGAAGCUGAACUCGUCCUUGGUGGAAGGGAAGAUCGUUCUCUGCGACAGAGGAGGAAACGCGAGAGUCGAGAAAGGAAGCGUGAGACAGUAA